UCCCAUGCACCUGAUAGGGAGUAUUUACAGCUCUUUACAGCUACCCACUGCACUGUUUCCAAGAGCGCAGCGCCGCACCAUGACACUCCACUGGACUGAAGCAAUAAGGAUUUCCGUCUUCACGCAGUAAACUGACGCUCACCGCUAUAUUUUCCAAGAGAGAGGGGAAAAAAAAGUUUGCCAAAAGUUGUACUCUUGGUUUCCAAGAUGCCACGUUCUUUUCUGGUCAAGAAACACAUAAACUCCGCAAAGAAGCCAAAUUAUAGUGAGCUGGAGAGCCCAACAGUGUUCUUCACGCCGCACAUCUACAGGGGCCUCCCCCUGCCCGUAAUCCCCCAGCCGGAGAUCCUGAGCCCGGCAGCGUACAGCCCCAUCACUGUGUGGACUACCAGCAACUUGCCGCUGUCCCCGCUCCCCAGUGACCUGUCCCCCAUCUCUGGAUACCCCUCAUCGCUCUCCGACACUUCCUCCAAAGACCACAGCGGCUCUGAAAGCCCGAGGAGUGAUGAAGACGAGCAGAUGCUGCCUAAGCUGACAGACCCUCACGGGGUGGAAGCAGAGAAAUUCCAAUGUAGUUUGUGUAGCAAGUCCUACUCCACGUACUCUGGACUGCUCAAGCAUAAACAGCUGCACUGCGACGCCCAAACGAGGAAAUCCUUCAGUUGUAAAUACUGCGAGAAGGAGUACGUGAGCCUGGGAGCUCUUAAAAUGCACAUCAGGACUCAUACUUUGCCUUGUGUUUGCAAAAUAUGCGGGAAGGCUUUCUCCAGACCGUGGCUACUCCAAGGACACAUCAGGACGCACACCGGAGAGAAGCCAUUCUCGUGCCCCCACUGCAACAGGGCUUUUGCAGACAGGUCCAAUCUCAGGGCUCACCUACAGACCCAUUCGGAUGUGAAAAAAUACCAGUGUAAGAACUGCUCCAAAACCUUCUCCAGGAUGUCUCUUCUGCACAAACAUGAGGAAUCUGGUUGUUGUGUAGCACACUGAACUGGGAUACUUUUCCACCAGCAGAAAAGAAAGAAAGAAAGAAAGAAAAAAACCCCCCCUCUGUUACGUCUUCAUUUUUCCAAACACCAGGAGAACUGUCAGGGAAUCACAUCGAGGGGGGUUUGUUCCCAAGACUUUUUUUUUUGUUUGUUUGUUUUUUUUUCCUACAAGCGGUCGAUUUCAUUUCAGAGCGAGAAAUAGCUCUGUGCUCACAUGCUUCUUGUUUCAAGCAGUGUUUCUGUGAUUGCAAACAGUGUCGAGCUUUGUCAUGCCAUGUACUCACCUACCUGUGCUAUUCAUGCACUUUUCUGCAUGUCUAGAAUGUUUUAUAUGCCUUCACAAUGUUAUCUGCAGUGUUUGUACCAAUGUCUCUCAAUGGCUGUUGGGCAGUCCUUCCCUUUUUUUCUUUUAUAUGAACCACACAAACGAUACCAAAAGGCGCAUUACAAAUGACAGUAUGAACACAACCAGAGGAAUGCUGAAGCCAUUGUUACUUAGGGAACAAGUGCAAACUUAGUUUUUAGGGUGAAAUUAUUAUAACUUUUGCACAGCCAUUAGAAACAGUUUGCCAGCACUCAAAUAGCAAAACAAAAUUUCUCAAGUGCCUCAGUUUACUUGGCAAUAACAUGUAUGUUUCCUUUUAUAUUUUUAUAUAUUGAAUGUAAGAGUGACUGAGAUGAUUGUAUAUUAACAGUGAAAGCUGUGAUGCUGAACUAUUUUGAUAUUUUCAUAUUCUCAUGACACUUUUAAAAAUAAAGUUUCAUGACAUUUUGUAUAA